UUAACAUUAGCCUUAGUAUGACAAAGAUUUCGAAUAUGUUUGCUACCGAAAGUCGCGUUAAUGAUAUUAUCCAACCCUCAAAGAUAGCAGUGUCACGAGUGAUAAAACGGGCCGAGAGAUGUUAAGUUCCUAGUACAUAUUUUGCGAGGCACUAGCUUACUUCCUUGUAUACAACUAGAACGCACUUUUCACCUUUGUUGCAACCAUAAGAUCAGCAUGGAAGAGCCGACAUAAAAGAAAAAGGAGCGUUUUCGGAAGAAAAAUAUAUUUAGGAUACAAUAGCCAUAUAACGGAAAAUACCUGGAUUAUACAGUUGUUUUUGAACGAGGUUCUUUCACCAUGGGCUGUGUGGGGUCCAAGGAGCAGCAGGAUCCCAUCAGCAAAGCAGUGGUCAAUGAUGACUUUCAGAACCGGACUCAGAACUCUGCACAUUACGUCAAAGAUCCCACCACUGGAAACAAGGCAAAUAAAACCAUCUCCACUGACCCUUCUGUUGCCUCUGAUGGUUCUGAAACGAUUGCCAUUGCACUCUACGAUUAUGAGGGUAUAAAUGAAGGAGACCUGGGCUUCAAGAAGGGAGACAAGCUAAAAAUCUUACAAGAGUCUGGAGAAUGGUGGAGAGCAAAACAUGCUGUCACAGGCCAGGAAGGCUACAUCCCUAGUAACUAUGUAGCCAUUGACAGCCUUGAAACCGAAGAGUGGUUCUUUAAAGGAGUGAGCAGAAAAGAUGCAGAAAGGCAGCUUCUGGCAUCUGGAAACAAAUUAGGAUCGUACAUGAUUCGUGACAGUGAGACGACCAAGGGCAGCUACUCCUUAUCCGUGAGGGACGGUGAUUCCCAAUCAGGAGACACUGUCAAGCAUUACAAGAUUCGUACACUGGACAACGGUGGCUUCUACAUCUCCCCACGUAUCACUUUCACCACCUUGCAGGAACUGGUCAGCCACUAUAAGAAGCAGGGAGAUGGUCUGUGCCAGGCCUUGACCAGUCCUUGCAUCAGUCCCAAGCCCCAGAAGCCUUGGGAGAAGGAUGCCUGGGAAAUCCCCCGGGAGUCCCUGAAACUGGACAGGAGGCUCGGAGCUGGACAAUUCGGAGAGGUCUGGAUGGCUACCUAUAACAAGCACACUAAGGUGGCUGUGAAGACCAUGAAGCCUGGCACCAUGUCUGUAGAGGCCUUCUUGGCUGAGGCUAACCUGAUGAAGGCUCUGCAGCACGACAAGCUGGUCCGUCUGAACGCUGUGGUUACCAAAGAAGAACCUAUUUACAUAAUCACAGAGUACAUGGAAAAGGGCAGUUUGCUGGACUUCUUGAAGAGUGAUGAGGGGAACCGUGUCCAGCUCCCCAAACUCAUUGAUUUCUCUGCACAGAUUGCAGAAGGAAUGGCCUUCAUUGAGCAGAGGAACUAUAUUCACCGAGAUCUACGAGCUGCAAACAUCCUGGUCUCAAAGGCUCUGGUGUGCAAGAUCGCUGAUUUUGGCCUUGCCCGAAUCAUCGAGGACAAUGAGUACACAGCUAGGGAAGGAGCCAAGUUCCCGAUCAAGUGGACAGCACCGGAGGCAAUCAACUAUGGCUCCUUCACCAUCAAAUCAGAUGUUUGGUCUUUUGGCAUUCUACUGACCGAGAUCAUCAGUUAUGGACGUACACCAUAUCCAGGUAUGACGAACCCAGAAGUGAUCCGCUCCCUGGAGAGAGGCUACCGCAUGCAGCGUACAGAUAGUUGUCCGCAGGAGCUCUAUGACAUCAUGUUGGAAUGCUGGAAGAACAAGCCUGAGGAUAGGCCCACCUUCGAGUACCUGCAGAGUGUCCUGGAAGAUUUCUACACUGCAACAGAGAGCCAGUACCAGCAACAGCCAUGAGCCAGAAAGCGUCAUGUUGUAUACCCUGCCUAACCUCUUAUAGUUUUAUGCACUUGAGCAAGCAUAGAGUACAGGCAAACCUAGAAAAACAUUUAGAUGGUUCCUUAUGCAAUUCAAUUACCGUGAAUGAGGACCAAAGAAAAUCUUUGAAAUGCGUGGCCCUAUUUCAGGAUUGUUGAUUUAUUUAUAUUUUAUUCACAUGUUGUGUGACUUUACCAUCCCUUCCUCUUUAUGGUUAACUCUGCCAGUUUGUUGUGUGAUCAAUCUCUUUGCAUUUGCACUGAAAAUGUACAAACAAUGAGUUGCCAGAUAUUAAUUUUUAAAUAUGCUAUUUAUAUACCCAGCCAGGUCAUGUACAGCUCAAAAAUUAAGAGACCACUGCACCUUUUUCUUUCCUUUCCAAAAAAGUUGAGUCUCUUAAUUAGUCUCUUAAUUUC